AUGUCAAACCAUCCUAGUUCCACAGGCAGCAAACAUGCACCAGACGAGGACAGAAAGAAUGUUUCUCGACGACGAAGAAGAGAUGGUGAAGGGAAGAAUGACCAGGAAACCAAAGCAGUGCGAUUUCAUGGACUUGUCCAGCGUCGUAGCUUCCAAUGCGUUGCCGAGGAGGAUCGCGAGAAUCUCUGGUACACAUCUGAAGAUUAUGAUCAAGCGCGGAAACGAGAAGACGCACUUCAACAGUAUGUUUCAUCCAACAAACAGGUUUACCGUUCCAUACGAGAAAACUUGAAUGCGGAAGGAGUUGUGACGGACCAGCAACAAUCGAGGCUAAAAGACGCCAUUGAGGCAUCCACCAACGCGGUCCUCGAGGAGCAAGAAGAGCAAGAAUUUGCAUUCCACGGAAAGAGAAAAGACUUUUCUCUGGAUUUCAAAAAGAUUGCAAAAGCCUACCGCUCACACUCGGAAAAGGCCUUGAAAGAAGCACAACGCCGAGCGGAACGGCAUGAAAAGCACUUGGAAGCCAUCGGUGGAAUGAAUAUGUCAGGUUAUUCGUCACCGUCUUCACCUUCCACAAGGAAAGGAAUUCUACGAAGGAAAACGCCAAAAAAGUCAUCGAAGAGGGAAAUUCCAAGGCCUCCUGUACAUUUGCAGGCAAUAUCUGUGUAG